AUGGCCGCCACUACAUACGACCACGACCAGAGUGUCGCCAGAACCGAGAAGAAGAAGCCCUCCAUCGGGAAGAGGAUCCUUGGUGUCCUCUGGGAUUCGCUCGAUGACAAGCCCCAAGAAGAGCACCGCCUAGUGCGGAGGCUUGACUCGUUCUACUUGAUUUGGGCAUGCUUCUAUUAUUUCGUCAUGUACCUUGAUUCCACGAACAUCAGCAAUGCCUAUGUCAGCGGUAUGAAAGAAGAUCUUAAUUUGUACGGCAACCAGCUUAACUGGAUGACUACGUGCUGGACUAUUGGCUAUAUCGUCGGCACUCUUCCUUCCCAGUUUAUCCAAAUGCGCAUUCGUCCGUCGCGCUGGCUUCCUGCCCUGGAACUGAUCUGGGGUGCUCUGGUUAUGUGCAUGGCUGCUGCUCCCAAUUACAAAACCAUAUACGCCAUCCGGUUUCUCGUCGGAAUCUGUGAGGCGUCCGCCUACCCUGGUAUGAUGACCUUGCUCGGAAACUGGUAUACGCCGCAAGAACUCGGCAAGCGAUCCGUCAUCUUUCAACAGAGCUCUGCCGCCGCCCAGAUGUUUAGCGGCUUCUUGCAGGCCGGAAUCUAUAAUGGUAUGAAUGGGUACGAUGGACUGAAAGGGUGGAGAUGGCUGUUUAUUUUUGACGGCGUCAUUUCCAUUCCUAUCGCGAUCCUGGGGUUCUGGCUGAUCCCCGAUGCCCCAUCCAAUUCACGAGCUUUCUAUCUGAAACAGGUCGAUAAGGAUGUGGCUAUCGCGCGUAUGAACCGUGCCGGACGAGCUGCGCCCAAGGGAAUAACAUGGUCGACGCUGAAGAAGGCCCUCACCAAUUGGCCUCCAUACGUGAUGGUUAUUCCAUAUGUGGCAUACGUCCUCGCACUGCACAUUGCCUCUUACAUGAACCUCUGGCUUAAGUCUCUCGACAUGUACUCCGUGGCCAAAAUCAACGUCAUUCCCUCGGGAGGCUAUGCGGUCGAAAUUGUUAUGGCUCUUGUUUAUGCCGUCGCCUCCGACGCCAUCGGAGUGCGAUGGCCCGUUAUUAUGGCUGGUGGCGCUCUAGGCUUGCUUGGGGGCAUAUUGCUCUCGGUAUGGAACAUCUCCUUCGGCGCAAAGUACUUUGCAUGGUACAUGACUUUCGCACCCGUGGGAACUGGUGCUUUACUUUUUGCCUGGGGCAAUGAACUAUGCGGACAAAGUGCCGAAGAGAGAGCAAUUCUGCUCGGCUGGCUGAACACCAUGGGGUAUGUUUUCAAUGCCUGGGUGCCCCUUUAUGCCUAUCCUGCCCAGGAGGCUCCGAACUACAGGUAUGGGUACAAAGUCAAUGCUGCCUUCUGGGGUAUAUAUAUCAUUGGUAUACCGGUCAUUGUCUGGUUUGCCUAUAAAUUUCCGACCAAGAAGGCAGUUGAAACAGAGGCGGACCAGACUGAUGAAUAUAUCGAGGAGAAGCUGAACAAGGGUGAAAAUCCUACAGAAACAGUCACGGAGGUUUAA